AUGGCUACAAUUGCGUCAGAAUACUCCUCGGAAGUGAGAAAUACCCCAAUUGAACAUCAAUUCAAUCCUUACUCUGAUAAUGGUGGUACCAUUUUGGGUAUUGCAGGUGAGGAUUUCGCUGUGUUGGCAGGUGAUACUAGACAUACGACAGAUUAUUCCAUUAAUUCUCGUUAUGAACCAAAAGUUUUCGAUUGUGGGGACAAUAUCGUGAUAUCAGCUAAUGGUUUUGCUGCUGAUGGUGAAGCACUAGUAAAAAGAUUCAAAAAUAGUUUAAAAUGGUAUCAUUUCGAUCAUAACGAUAAAAAAUUGGCAAUGAGUUCAGCUGCAAGAAAUAUCCAACAUUUACUGUAUGGUAAGAGAUUUUUCCCAUAUUACGUUCAUACAAUUAUUGCUGGCUUAGAUGAAGAAGGUAAAGGUGCCGUAUAUUCAUUCGAUCCAGUCGGUUCAUAUGAAAGAGAACAAUGUAGAGCAGGUGGAGCUGCUGCAUCAUUAAUUAUGCCAUUCCUAGAUAAUCAAGUCAAUUUUAAAAAUCAAUAUGAACCAGGUACAGAUGGGAAAGUAAAGAGACCACUAAAAUACUUGACAAUUGAAGAAGCUAUCAAACUGGUAAGGGAUGCAUUUACUUCAGCCACUGAAAGACAUAUUCAUGUUGGUGAUGGGUUAGAAAUUUUAAUUGUCACCAAGGAUGGUGUAAGGAAGGAGUUCUUUGAAUUGAAGAGAGAUUAA